AUGAAGCUGAAUUUGGCCACUGGCCUCAUCUGCUUGCUGGCUUCCACUGAAGCAGUGGCAGCCUCGAGUUGGUGGAGCAAAGCUGUAUACAAUAAAUGGCACGAAACCGAGCUCGAGCGAUGGCUUUCGGAUCAUGAUAUCCCUCAUCCUAGUCCUGCCGACCGCCGGGAUCUGGAGAACCUGGUCAAAACCAACUGGGAGAACAGAGUGCAGAAGCCUCUUGGACAAGCUACCGAGCAAGCUAACCAUGAGCUCCACCAUGCCAGAGAAUGGUUGUUUGACACUUGGUCCGACUCUCAGCUGAAGGCAUUCCUUGAUCGCCACGGCAUCCCAGCUCCCCAACCCCGCAACCACGACGUUCUGGUCAAGAGCGCGCGUGACAACUACGAGAAGAUCGCCACCAAGGUCGGCGAAACAGCUUCCUACCCUGGUGACUGGCUCUAUGAGCAGUGGUCCGACUCGGAUCUCAAGGAAUGGCUUGACGAACGUGGAUGGCCGGCUCCCCAGCCAACCAACCGGGACAAGCUUAUUGCUUCCGUUCGCCGCAACUCUCGCAUCGUCAGCUUGCAGACAAGAAACAUUGCUUCAUCUGCAUCGGCAUCAGCCGAGGCAGCUAAGGAGUCGUUGAGCGAGCAGCUUUUCAACGCGUGGUCCGACUCGAAGCUGAAGGAAUUCCUUGAUGAGCACAAUAUCAAGGUGCCUCAGGGCUCGCGACGCAAUGAACUCAUUGCUCUCGCCCGGAAGCACCGCUACAAUCUCUCCGGUCAGGUCUCCACUGCCUCUGCUAGUGCAUCUUCCGCAGCCUCGGAGGCGUUUGGCGCUGCUACCACGAAGGCUGGCAACGAAUUUGCACGCGCUACCGAUGGUGUCAAGCUGAAGUUCGAGGAGGGCUUCGAGAUCGCGUUGAAGGGCUGGUCUGACUCUCGCCUCAAGGCUUUCCUCGAUGCUCGCGGCGUCCCUGUGCCCCAGAAUGGCAAGCGUGAUGAGCUCAUUGCUAAGGUCCGCGCCAAUGCCCACAAGGCUGCCGGUGGAUGGAACCAGUACAACUUUGAUACUUGGGAUAAGGAACACUUGGUGAAAUAUCUCUCUGCCGUGAACGACAAGGUAGCUAAGCAGGUUGAUGCCUCCCGUGAGGAACUUGUCAAGAGUGCCGAAGACUCCUACGCCAAAGCUUCCAAGGCUGGUGGUGAGCAAUACGCCUCUGCGACUGCUUCCAUUGCUCAAGCCACUGGAGCGGCGAAGGAUGCGACCUUCGACCAAUGGUCUCAAUCUGAACUCAAGAGUUACCUGGACAGCUACGGUAUUCCUACCUAUCAGGGCUCGAGCAUCAAUGAGCUCCGAGCAGCAGCUCGGCGCAAUGCUCAGUACUUCAAGUACGGCACUUUCAGCCCAUCAGACACUCUCUAUGCUAAGGCCAUGGAUUAUCUGCAUUGGGCUGUGGAACAGCUGAAGAUUGGUGCUUCUGGCGGUCGCGCCAAAGGUACUGAAGCUGCCGAAAAAGCUCAGGAGAAGGCCGCAGAGGCUACCCAGAAUAUCCGAGAAGAGCUCUGA